AUGAAUCCUUUGCCAAGAGGGAGAUUAAAACGAUUGCUGGUAAAAGGAAAGGACCAACCGUGUAUCGGAACCGAAUACGAAUCGAUCAAACGAUGUAUUGGUAGUACAUCAAAUUCCGUGCAAUAUAAUGAUCCAUCACCGACGCCGAUCGAUACCAAUGAAGGUGAAGCAAGAGUGUUUCGAUCCUGCGAGCCAGAUUGUGCCAGUGAUUCCGAUGCUAGUAGCGUUGGCGAUCAUCUCGUCGAUCCUGAGGAAUUAGACUUGAAUGGUGCCUUUUUUAGUCAAACAUUUCAAAGCAAGCCAGUGAUCUGCGCUCAUGCAACGGAGUUUUCGAUUGAAAGCGGUGAGUCCAACCUGGUGGACAGCUACGAGCAUGGUUCAGCCGCUACCUCUGAUGAGGGGAACGAAAAGAUGUACCAGAUAUUUUCACAGCUCACAGAGUUUGAUCGACGUAUCAACGCCGUCAAUGACGCUCGGGACAUGGCUUUGGCGGGAUCACAAUUUGCUCUACCCCAAAACACAUUGUAUGAUGGGUUUGAUGUUACGACAAUGCUCACACAAAUCGAAGGAAUUACGAAUUGCUUUGCACCUGAUGAAGCUGAUCGGAACUGGGAAACGGUGGAGGACAACGAUCAUGGAGGACGUCAUUACGAGGAGGAUAACAGUAGUAUUGAAAUUUUCGUCACAAACACACAACACAAACCGGGCCGGAUACUGGACGUAGCACAGAGCUUAAGGAGAUUAGAGCAGGAAAAACGAAAAGCACAAUAUCUGGAGCAACACAAAGUACACCUUUUGCUGCUUUUGAGCCAUGGAAUACAGGUCAACCAAAUACUAAACUCGUGUGUUGUCGAGCACGAUCAGGAACUUUAUGAGUUGAUUCAAAACAGCACACUACCGGCGAUCGAGAGAAUCGAUCAGCAAUUUGUAGAAGCGAUAGUUGACCACUUUCGGAAAAAUGUCAAACUUUGUAGCCAAGCCCCGAAACGAAGGGGUGUUAAAAUCAAACAAGGAAUCGGAAAACAGCUUCGCUAUCGGGAGGCAUCCGGUAGAACCAUGCUAAACUACAGCCUCCUCACCUUGUUACGUUUUCUAACCGUCCGAGCGAGGCUAGUCCUUUGUCUUGACGUUGUGCCCAAACACCCACCUGCCCAAAAGGCAACGAAACAUGUGCGUAGCACCAGGACCAUACCAGCGGCCGCCCAUGGUCGGUAUGGGAACGUGCCUUUAACUACAUCGGAAAUAUUGAAGCGCAAACCAGAAAUCCAAAGAAUAUUUCAGCUGCCCCAGAUUGAUGGUGCCGAUGAUGAAUUAAAUGAGCGAACCGAAUUGCCCAUCAAAAAGGGACGUUUGGAUUGUAAACCUCGCCUUUGGAGGCUAAAGGCUACAUCGAAAUCCGAAGUAGCGGACUCAAAUAAGCAACCACCGGCGGGCAUUGAAGUCGAAAAAAUUGUAUCAUCUAAGUUUUUUAGGAAGAAAGCUCUCUCCGUUCGGCUCCCCAAAAUCGAUUCAGGAAAAUGUCGAACAGUGGCCAAAAACGAAACUUCUAAGUUAUCAAGAUUGAUGAAACGAAAAGCACCUAAGGAUGAGCAAGGUAAUACUAAAAGCAAGAUUCCUAAAGCGCGUCUGCCCGAGCUGAAUACUUGGAUAGAGUGUUUCUUGGAGCAAGAAAAACGAUGGACAGUAAUCGAAGCGCGCCUGGAAGGGAUCGAUUGUAUGGACCAGGUGAUUGACCGAAUCUUGGAUCCACCAUCGUACGUGUUCGCCUGGGAACGGGAUGAAACGAUCGUCGAUGUGUCGCAGCGCUACUCGUGGCGGAAUGAAGCGCAAUCCAAGCGGCAAAGGGUCGAUGAGAAAUGGUUGAAGAAAGCUCUCACCCGCUACAAACCUCCGAUGCUGGAUGAAGCGCUCCUAUUGGAGCAACGCGAGUUUCGUCAAUUGAAAUUUCGUGCGCCAAUGCCAAAAACUAUCGGACAUUUUAAGAACCAUCCUUCCUACUGCCUGAAGAGGGAUUUGCAAAAGUUCCAGGCCAUCUACCCACCGGAUGCGCCACCGUUGGGAUUCAUUAACGGUGAACCAAUUUAUGCUCGGGAGUGCGUGCAGACUUUGCACUCGCGUGAAGUGUGGUUAAGGCAUGCGAAAGUAAUCAGACUGCACGAAGAGGCGUAUAAAAUUGUAACAUCCAAGCUGCGUCGUGUACAGGUUUUGCUUGAACUGUUUGGUUACUGGCAAACGGAGGACUACGUGCCGCCGGAGCCGGUCGACGGUAUCGUGCCUCGCAAUGCGUACGGGAAUAUCGAAAUAUUUAAGGAUUGCAUGCUGCCGAAAGGAACAGUUCAUCUGAAACAAUACGGCCUGUCACAUAUUUGUCGAAAGCUGCGUAUCGAUUAUGCCGUUGCGGUGGUCGGAUUCGGAAUCCACGCGGGAGGAAAUCAUCCCAUCUUUGAUGGUGUUGUCAUUUGCGAAGAACACAAAGAUCGUUUACUGGAGGCGUGGGAACAGCAUCAGGUAGAAGCGGACCACAAAAAACAAGAAAAGAAACAGCAACGGGUGCUAAAUAAUUGGGUGAAGCUAGUUAAAGGUUUAUGGGUGCGAAGAAGACUCAAAAAUAAAUACAACUUCGAUGGAAUGUGA